GGGUUCCGGACCUGCAUGCGUUAAAAAGGCAUAGAAACAGCUGCCACGACGGCCUCUUCACCCACGGCGACGCUCCGGAAAGAAAGAAAGAAAUAAAGAAAGAAUUAUGACGGCCACGACCGAAGAAUCCACCUUCAAGCUCAGCGACGGCGUCGAAGUGUACACCAAGACGUGGAAGUCGCCGACCGCACCCAUAGCGCAAGCCUUCUUCCUGCACGGCUUCUCGGACCACAGCAACGCGUAUUUCUCGUUCCCGGAAACCCUCGCGCAGUCCGGAAUCGAGCUCUUCUCGUUCGACCAGCGAGGCUGGGGGCGUAGCUGCGGCUCCAACACCUCGCAAUGGGGGGUGAGCGGGGACACGCGGCAGCUGCUGGCGGACAUCGACGAGCUGCUGCUGGUGCGCCUGUCGGCGCACCCCGGCCUCCCGCUCUUCCUGCUCUCGCACUCGAUGGGCGGUGGCACGGCGCUCACCUACGCGCACAGGGGCGCCCACCGCAACAGCCUCGCCGGCGUCGUCGCCUGGAGCCCCAUGAUCGAUUUCGCGGCCGGGGCGCGGCCCGCGGCCGUCGUGCUUGCGGCGGGCAGGCUCGCCGCUAGGGUCUUCCCCGGGCGACAGUUGCUCAAUAAGCUCGAUGCUGCGGCCAUGAGCAGGGACACGGAGGCGUGUAGGGUCUUUGCGGACGAUCCGCUAUGUCACGAUACGGGCACGCUGCUCGGCAUCGUCGAGAUGCUGGACCGCGGGAAACAGCUGCAGGAUCGCGAGGUGGCCGCGAGUUUUCCGAGGAGCUUGCCCGUGCUGGUCGCGCAUGGUACCGCGGAUAGGGUCACGGAUUGCGAGGCCAGCAGGAGGUUCGUCGAUAUGUUGCAGGUCGACGAUAAGGCGUUCAAGGUGUACGAUGGCUGGUACCAUAAGCUGCAUGCGGAGCCCGGCGAAGAUAGGGUUGUGUUUGCGAACGACGUGGUGGACUGGAUCAAGGCGAGAUGCUCUACGCCGACGGCCGCGGAUAAACAGGCGGACGAGCCGUCGUCGAAGCUUUGAUAUACUCUAUCAUAUGGCUUGUUGUGAUGAUAUGACGGGCGUUUUCUUUUCUUUUUUUUUGUUAUUCAUGUUUUUUCUUCCUGUAUGAUGUAUCCUAUGCUAUGAGUACCCUAUGCACGAAGUAUGUAUGAAUGUUCCCACUCUACUUUCUUCUAUCCAUCCAUCCAUCCAUCCGACGACGAGCCCCAUUAAUCCAAUCUUUUUUGAUACC